ACUAGUCCAAUAUUGAGGUCUAUUGUAUCAAUCAGGUCCAUGCAAGUUUAUUUGCAUGUUUCGGUGACAAAAGAUGAUCUCUGUGUAGGUAUUGCAACCUGACAUUUUAUUGUCUUGCAGUGCAUAAUGCCUCGAUACGAUGAUCGAUAUGAUUACAACGAUCGAUAUGAUCGCCAUGGUCGAUAUGGAAGUAACACCAAGUUGUACGUGGGCCAAAUUUCUCCACAUACCCGGACACAGGAUCAUGAGGACCUUUUCAGCAAAUAUGGGAGAUUGCGUAAUGUGGAUCUGAAGAGGGACUUUGGCUUUGUUGAGUUCAGUGAUCCUCGGGAUGCAGAUGAUGCAAGGCAUGACCUUGAUGGCCGAAGAUUUGAUGGGAGUUACAUCAUUGUUGAAUUUGCUAGAGGGGCCCGACGGGGUCCAGGAGGUGUUCCUCUAGAUGUCAGAGGACCACCUUUUCCUGGACGCUGCUAUAACUGUGGAAUGGAUGGGUGGGUUCGUGAUUGCAAAGCUGAUGACUGGAGAGAUAGGUGCUUUCGGUGUGGAGAACUGGGCCAUAUAGAAAGAAACUGCAAGAACAGUCCUAAGGAUCUGAAGCGCGGGAGGAGCUACUCGAGGUCUCCAUCUCCUCACCAUGGGAAGGGCCGAGGGAGAAGCUACUCGAAGUCUCUAUCUCCUCACCAUGGAAGGGGCCGAGGGAGAAGCUACUCAAGGUCUCCAUCUCAUUGUCGUGGGAGGGGCAGAAGUUGGAGUUACAGUCGGUCGCUUUCGCCAAGGAACAAAUUUAAGGCUGAUGGUGAAGAAUUGCCACCAAGAACCUCUGGUUACAGCCGCAGCCCCAGGAGGAGCUCCCCACCAAGGGAGCAAGGUUCAUACCAUGGUGGUAGCCCCAUGAGAGGUGAAGCUCAGGGGAAGUGUCAGUGACCUGGAAAUUUAAGACUAUGGGGUUGUGAAUUCUCAAACAUUUCUUCUGAACUUUUUCGGUGACUAUGUGCUGAGGCAUGAACUUGAUACCGGAAGAAUGUUCAGAGCGGUGUGUGUACCUUCC